UCAGACAUGGAAUUCAGCGCGCUUCACGACGGCGAUAAGUAUUCAUCGAUCAUAUCGAAAAUUUGUUACGCCAACAUUCGCGUAACUCGCGUCGAAUUGCUAUUUCUUGCAUUUGUCAACGACGGAAACGACUGCUCUCUUUAUCUAAUAUCUACAAGUGUGAUGUAAGCUGAUGUAAUCGGCAAAUGAGACCACUUGAAUACGCGAAAUCUAAUCCAUCGUGCACUUACAUGAUUAACCGUGACAAAUUGUUCGAGAAUUUUCUUUCUCGUGCGGUGCUUUCAAUUUUUUUUCUCUUCUUUCGACAAAAAAGGGAGAAUCACGUUUGUUAAGGUGCGUUUUUUUCGCUCGCGAGCGUAUAAAUACGCGCGGCCGCGCCGAAUCAAACAGGACGAAUCAAGAGACGCACGCAACCUUGCUGCGAAAGAAAUCAUUAUUGCUCGUCAAACAUGGUCUCGCACGUUUUACUGAUCAACACCGGGAACAUACUCUCUCUCAGCGAGGCGAAGAAGAAGGCGAGCCAAAAUUCUACGGACGAGUUGAUCGAGGCAUUGAAAAUUAUCUUAAAUGACGAGCAAGGCAAGGGGGACGGUCAAACAAUCAUCAAUGGGAAGGAAGACAUAGGUUUGCAGGAUGUCGAUAGGAAAGACUUGAAGAUCGCCAUAAAAGUAUUUAUCCCCUCGCCCGAUGAAGAUUCAUUGAAGCAAGCGUUAGACCAAGCAUUUAAAGCACUCAAUACAGAUACUAUAGAAUCUUUAGUGAUAGCUUACAAAGGCGAUGAAAAACCGGAGGAUACGCUGUUGUCAUUGAAACGCAUAUGGUUUGUGGUAGAGGAAUAUGUGAGAGCUAACAAGCUGUCCAGCGUUGGUUUAAGCGACAUUAAUACAAAUACAUUCAUUGAACUGUUCCAAUGGGCCAAUAUAAAACCAAACAUUGUCCAAAUUAACUUAGCCACAUGUUGUGUCGUUCCACCAGCCUUGCAGGCAUUUACCAAGGAGAAUGAUAUUCAAUUGCUGACACACAGUGAUCCGUGUCAAAUACUUCCUCAAGAAAUGGUGGAGGAGAUUUUUGGCAACACCGCUCGUUUACACUGGUUGACCAGAUAUCAGAUUCAUCUCAAGUGCCGCGGUAUCUUAUCAUCAAAAGGAUACUUACUGUUUGUUAAUAAGUUAAAUGCCGAACCUUAACGCCGAUAGUGCUGCUAAAUCAAGUGCUUUUUAAUUAUUCAUAUUUAUCGGUGAGGGAUUUAAUAUAUACACACAUAGCAUAUUAUUAUAGGAUACUUUUUCACGAUUGCUUUUUGCAUUAAUUCCGCACUAAGAGAGGUUUGUAAAGAAGCGUAAUGCAUUUUUUUUUAAUUAUUAUUAACACUGAAUGUAUUUUAUCGCAUAAGUGUUCCCAUGAACUUUACGAUUCUACAUAUUACGCUUCUCGUUUUUGUCCUAGUGAAUUAUUGGAAUGACGAAAUUUCGUAAAAUUUGUAGAUUUUUACAGCGAGAAUAUAGAUAGUACCGGAUAAUAACGGAUACUUUUGAUAAGUAAGACAAGUGGCAAUUUUUUUAUAAAUUUAUGUUUGUACCGCUUGGGAAAUAAAUUACAUCUUCUCAAUCACAAAUACGAAAUGGUUUAUAGCUCACAAUUAUUUUGCUUGGUUUUCACACGACAAAGCGAACAAUCGAUAGAACAAUCAAUAGAACUUCGCGAUGCGCCACAUUUUCUAAAUAUAUAUCGUAAAAUACAAUUCGAGAUGUGCGCGUAAAUUUUCGUUAGUAGAUGGUAACGUAAAGGGGGUAAACGUGAAGCUGCAAAAGCGAUGCGAAAAGAGAUUGAGUAGCGUUGGGUAUGAACGAUCGUAACGAUCGACACCGCGUUAGAAACAGGAUGUUCAUAACGUAGCUCUCAUCGAUACCCUCGCGUGAUCUUGAAAACGUUCCAGUUUUAACGACACGUUACGAAGAUAAGAUGGUUUUGUGUUCGAAACGGUAUUAUAUUUAUAUUAGGAGAUAACAUAUUAGGAGUU